AUGGUGUCAUAUUAUAAUCCUUUAGUCAUGUAUCGUCAUCAGCAGCAAAGUGCUCAAUAUUCGGCAGGUACGGCGGGUUGGUAUCCGCAAACGACACAGCAAUACCUUCCGACUUGCAUGAGCGGCGGUGAAGUUGAACCUCAUGCCGUCGGUACUCAUUGGCACACACCCGACAGUCAUAAAUAUCUGACAUCUCAUCAUCCAUCAUUUUCUCCAGAAUGGGCACAAGACUGUAAUCAUUUCCAGCAGCCUUCGCCACCCAUCAGCGAAGUUUCAAGUCCAGGUGGAGAAGGUUUAACAUCUCCAAAUGGUUUAUUAAUGAAUCAAAGACCCAAUUCCGUGAGGAGUCCUUACGAAUGGAUGAAAAAAACAACGUAUCAGAGUCAACCCAAUCCUGGUAAAACAAGAACCAAAGAUAAAUACAGAGUCGUUUAUACAGAUCAUCAAAGGUUAGAAUUAGAAAAAGAAUUUCAUUAUUCAAGGUACAUAACGAUUCGUAGAAAGGCAGAAUUAGCAAGUAAUCUCGGAUUAUCAGAGCGUCAAGUAAAAAUUUGGUUUCAAAAUCGUCGGGCAAAAGAAAGAAAACAAGUUAAAAGAAAAGAAGAAACACAACAGAAAAUAAAACAAGAAGUGAUCGAUACUAGGCAUACACCCGUCGGUGGUAUAGACAUACAUGCUGCUGCUGCUGCUACUACUACUCCACUACAUCAUCACAUACAGCAGCAGCAUAGCGUACCCAUGUCUGUGGUACACGGGGUAGUCGGUGGAGGAGGUGGUGGUGGUGGAGGAGGAGGAAUGGGACUUAUGUGA